GUCCCAACUCCCAAGAGUUUCUCCUCUUAGGGAUUGAGUUCGUUUGACUCACACAAAGUGUGUUUAACUUUGACGCCAGUCUAGCAAUUUUAAUACUGAUGAGAGAGGUGGAAGAAGAUAAGCAUCAGAACUAGGAAGAAAGGCAACAAGUCCCUGUCUUCAUCUGAAAGUCGUUGACUUUGGUUGGUGGAGUGUCUCUUACUGACCAAACAAAACUAACCGCCACUGAAAGUGACCAAUGAUAAGACACAUUUCCUUGUACCAAACGUUUAAAAUUCCUGAAUUGCCCAUCCACCUAAGGAGAAAUGAGUAUCUUUGCGUCAUCUUCACAAAACCUUUGUUGCUUUCCUGUAACCACACGAUUCCUAUGGCUCAUCUAACAAUACCCUUUUAACAACAACAGAGAACUAAGAAGAAGAAGAGAGAGAGAGAGAGAGAGAUUUGUCUCCCUGAUCAUGGCUUCGGUCUGCGUUAAUGAUGCUUUAAACGACGACGAGCUGAGAUGGGUAUUGUCCAAGCUAGACAGAGACAAGGACAAGGAAGUGUUUGGUCUUGUCUGCAAGAGGUGGCUACUUCUGCAGAGCACAGACCGGAAGAAGCUGGCGGCACGUGCGGGUCCUCACAUGCUCGGCCGUCUCGCCUUCAGGUUCACUCAUAUCGUCGAGUUGGACUUCUCCCAGUCAGUUUCCAGGUCUUUUUAUCCAGGUGUCACUGAUUCUGACCUCACUGUCAUAUCCGAGGGAUUCAAAUGCCUCAGAGUUCUCAAUCUGCACAACUGUAUUACAGAUACUGGAUUGGCCUCAAUAGGGAGGUGUCUUGCUUUACUUCAGUUUCUAGAUAUAUCAUACUGCAAAAAGCUCUCAGACAAAGGUGUAUCAGCUGUUUCACAAGGCUGCCAUGACCUAAGGACAUUGCAUCUAUCUGGUUGUCGUUUCAUUACCAACGACUCUCUAAAAUCACUCUCUGAGAGAUGCCGUGACUUGGAAGCUCUCGGCCUUCAAGGCUGCACCAAUAUCACUGAUUCAGGCCUUGCUGAUCUUGUGAAGGGAUGCAAAAAGAUAAAAACGUUGGAUAUCAAUAAAUGCAGCAAUGUAGGAGAUGCUGGAGUGUCUUGUGUAGCCAAAGUUUGUGCGUAUUCACUCAAGACUCUAAAAUUGCUGGACUGUUACAAAGUUGGGAACGAAUCUAUAUCCUCCCUGGCUCAGUUUUGCAAGAAUUUGGAGACUCUGAUCAUCGGUGGAUGCAGAGACAUCUCUGAUGAAUCUAUCAUGUUACUUGCAGACUCUUGCAAAGACAGUCUCAAGAACUUGAGGAUGGAUUGGUGCUUGAACAUAUCUGACUCUUCCCUUUCUUGUAUUCUUAAGCAGUGCAAGAACUUGGAGGCUCUUGAUAUUGGUUGCUGUGAAGAGGUUACAGACAAUGCUUUCCUGGAUUUGGGGAGUGGUGAUGUUUUGGGUUUGAAGGUUUUGAAGGUGAGUAACUGCCCUAAGAUCACAGUGAAAGGGAUAGGCAAGCUUUUUGAGAAAUGUAACUCCCUUGAGUACCUAGAUGUAAGGUCUCUUCCACAUGUGACAGAGGUAAGAUGUAGUGAGGCUGGCCUCGAGUUCCCUAAAUGUUGUAAAGUUAACUUCUCUGGAAGUUUAACCGAACCAGAUGUUCUGCUGGGAUACUCUGGUCUGCCCUAAACCCUUAAUGAUCUCUCUCUUUCUCUCUGUGUGUCUUGUGUAUGAGUGUCAUCAUGGCUUAUGUACUCAUUUCAUUUCUUUUGUGAUGUACUGGUGCAAAAGAGAACUAUGAAU